UCCCACACGCGGGGGAAAAGUAUUUGUGGGGUGAAAGCGACAAGGCAGAAACUGAUCAGUUUGUCUCUUACACCAGGUCCGGCCGGCGCACGGAGAAGGGAGCUCAGCAAUCUGCAAGCUUUUAAACAAGCUUCGCUCGCCAGAGAGGUUUGAAGGAUGUUUGACUCGGUGAAACCUUAUGGGAGCCAGGAUUUCUAUGCUCUGAAAAGGGAAUGCCAACAACGCAACCAGCUCUUUGAGGACCCCUUGUUCAUUGCUGAUGAUGAAUCGCUGUUCUGUACGAGGGCGCUAGUGUCCAACGUUCGCUGGAAGCGCCCAACUGAAAUCUGCAACAGCCCUCACCUCUUUGUUGAUGGCAUGAGUGCCCAUGACUUGAACCAGGGCCAGCUGGGUAACUGCUGGUUUGUGGCUGCUUGUUCCUGCUUGGCCUCCAGGGAUGUUUUGUGGCAGAAGGUAAUCCCAAAUUGGAAAGAGCAGGAAUGGGCAGUGGACAGACCCAACAACUAUGCCGGAAUUUUCCACUUCCGCUUCUGGCGCUUUGGAGACUGGGUUGACGUUGUGGUUGAUGACCGGCUGCCGACUGUCAAUGGUCAGCUGAUCUACUGUCAUUCCAACUCCAGGAAUGAGUUCUGGAGCGCACUGGUGGAGAAGGCUUAUGCCAAACUAGCGGGCUGUUACGAGUCUCUGGAUGGAGGGAACACUGCCGAUGCAUUGGUGGAUUUUACAGGUGGUGUAUCAGAGCCAAUUGACCUGGUCCAGGGGAAUUUUGCCAGCCUGGAGGACCAGAGACUACAACUGUUUGAGAAGCUCCUCAAGGUAUACAGCCGUGAGGGUCUCAUCAGCUGCUCGAUCAGGGUCACGUCGGCGGCCGAGAUGGAAACCCGCUUGAGCACUGGCCUAGUGAAAGGUCACGCGUAUGCCGUGACUGACGUCCGUAAAGUACGAAUUGGGCACGGUCUCUUCGCCUUCUUCAAAGCAGAAAAGCUCUUCAUGAUCAGGAUGAGGAACCCAUGGGGUCAAAAAGAAUGGAAUGGCGCAUGGAGUGAUAGCUCUCCGGAGUGGCAGAAGGUCAGCAAAGGGGAGCGUGAGACUAUGGGUGUCACUGUGCGGGAUGAUGGGGAGUUCUGGAUGUCGUUUGACGAUUUCUGUACAAAUUUCACAGACCUUGUUGUCUGUCGUAUCAUCAACACCUCCUUCUUCAGCUUCCACAAGACCUGGGAGGAGGCCAUGAUAAAGGGCACGUGGACCAGACACGAGGACCCGCUGCAAAACCGUGCUGGGGGAUGCAUCAACAACCGAGAAACCUUUCUGCAGAAUCCACAAUACGUAUUUGAUGUCAAAAAGGAAGAGGAUGAAGUGUUGAUUUGCCUGCAGCAGAAAGAUAUCCGAUACAGCCGAAAGCAGGGCAGGGGUGAGAAGCUCUCCAUGGGUUUUGAGGUGUACAGGGUUGAACUGAACCGUAACUACAGGAUGCACUCCAUUCAGCAGAAGGUGGCCAGCUCCGUCUACAUCAACUCCAAGACCAUCUUCCUGCGGGAACUGCUCCCACAGGGUCGCUACGUCAUCAUCCCAACCACCUUUGAGCCAGGCAUACCGGGCGAGUUCUUACUGAGGAUCUUCACCGAUGUGCCAUCGAACUUCAGGGAGCUAACUCUUAAUGAGCCACCUCGGACGUGCUGGUCGGGCUUGUGUGGACACCCCAAGGUGGUGACUCAGGUUCACGUGGUCUCUGCGAGCGGACUGGCCCAGCAGGAUGGAACUGCAGGUGCUGAUCCGUAUGUCAUCAUUCGCUGUGGGCGUGAGAAGGUCAAAUCGCCCAUCCAUAAGGACACACUGAAUCCCGAGUUCAAUGUCAAAGGAAUCUUCUACAGGAAGGACCCCAAAGAGCCCAUCCGCAUUGAGAUCUGGAACAGCAAUGUCAUUAGUGACCAGUUCCUUGGUCAAGUGACUGUGAUCGCUGACCCCAGUGACCUCCAGCCACAUCACACCCUUCACCUGAGAGACAAGGGCAACCGACAGGACAAUGACCUUCCCGGGACCAUCAGUCUGCAAAUCAGCAGUAGCCACGAGUUGGCCGGCAUCUAAGCUCUGGAACACUCGUCGCUGUCGGAAAGAUGAAAGAUGCAAGUCAGGGUUCGGCCAGGUCCACUAGGAUCUGCAGAUAAGAAAUUUUAGGAACAGAAAAAGGCUCUUGGGAUGCAGACCUGUGCCCCAAACCAACUAUCAUCACACCAAACUCCUUAAACCCUUCCCCUUUCGGAGUCUUGUUCCUUGACACUGGGACCCUUUUGGGGAGGCUACCCCAGUAGACUUUAUUCUGUAUGAUGUCCUUUCUUGUUUAAUGCCCCCUCCAGUCACGAAGGCCACUUAAAGCAUGCUCCCCAAGGUUACUCUGCUAGGUUAUUCCAAUUCCUAAAGGCGUCCUGCUCACUCGGAGGUUCGGCUGAAUUGACACUGAGACAUGAAGACCAGAUUUGAGCUUUGGCCUGUGCUGAAUUCUCUAACCUCAGCCAGAAAAAAAGCAGGGAUCCUAUGGUUGGACUCGACCCCAGCGUGCUCAGUACGAACCCCACCCCCCCCAAUCCCCUCCGCUCACUAAAGGGAAGGGGAAGGUGGUGAGAAUAAAGAAAGUAGCUCCCUUCCAGUCACAGUCAUUGUCCGGCAUCUCUCUCCUGGUGGAUAGUGUAUAACUUGUCUCCUUUUCUUGGAGUCAGGAUAAGGCUCAGUUCUUACCCCUCCUUUCUCUCUGUCCCCCCACAAUAUUGCCUAACCCACAAGCAAUCAUUGUCCAGAGGCUUACAGUGAAGAACAGGCCAUCAGAAAGAUGAGCAUUAACAUUUUGACAUGUUGCAUUUGUAAUCAGUUGUAAUUGUGUGAUCGUUUCCAAUUCUGCCAGUGUUCUCUUUUCAUUUCACUUCAGAGUUUAAGUACACAACAAUAUAUACUCCCUUGCAUCAAUUCGUGUCGACCUCCCUCCUUCUUUCCCAGUGGCACUCCUUCCCUUAUCCUGGCCCUUUAUAAACCCAAACUUGCUGUUGACUAUUCCACCGAUUAUGAUUCAGUCCCAUUCUCCCUCUCUCGUUCUUCUGAACCUUGAAAGUGUCUUGUGUUAGGACCUUGGCCCUCAUUCUCUUACAUGGCCCCAAAUUAGUAACCCCAUGUGUCAUACUGUUCGUCGGUGCCACAAUAUCAUGGGGAAGCCAUUUUGUGACCCAGGGGCCUUUUUUUGAGGACGUGCAUUUUGAGCAAGUCGGCACGAUUUGCACAAUAGCAUUUUAAAUCCAUUUUAUGAAAAAAGUGUUAGUUUUACUUUUUAAUCAAACCUUAACAUUGGUUUAUCUUUUUAAUACAGUCUUUUUAGACUUUUUUACGCAUGGGAAGUUUUUUUUGUGCCAAUUAUAAAAGAAGGAAUGUACUUAUUGAUGGACUUGUUGCGUCCAUAGCGACCUUCUAGUUGACGUGAUGGAAUGAUUUUGUACGAUGAAUGUGUGUAUGGGGGAAUAUUCCCAAAUAACUGUUCAAAAUUAGCAUCCCGUGAAUCGGUGCAUAAGCUCCUCGUCCCCACUCCCUGCAGAAAAAUCAUGAAAGAAGGCGGUAGAUUGUUUAAAAACUAUAAUUUGGUUAAAAAAAAACCGUCUCUGAUUAAUCAAGGCCUCAGCUCUGGGCUCCUGGUCAGCCAAAACCUCACCUCAAGGCUCCUGGGUAAGCGAAGGGACAAUUCUCAGCUGUGCUUCCCAAUCCUGAGCGCUGACCAGCGAUUGUUAUUGGAAAAUGCUUCCGAGGGGAAGGCAGGAGCCAGAGAAUGCCUGCAUUUGCGCUAAGGCACUAAGAGAUUAUCCUGUUUUUAAAUGGGGUGGGGGUGGGGGUGAGACAAGCCUAUAGCAAUUAUAAAGGGGCUUUGCUGUCUUGGAUAACAGAGCAAGGCUUCAGUUGCAUUUAGGGCCUGGUCGCUCCUGCCAAACGCAGGGUGGUUGCCAGAUACUUUCAGUAAGAAUUGCUAAAAAGUGAAGGAGGAAAACUUAAUAAAAAGAAACACAAUUAAUUAAAACAUGUAACAUUGUCCUGAACUUUGGGACCAGUAGAUGCAGAGUUAUUAAACCCAGUGCUUAAGAUUUCCUCAUCUAUAUAUUUUCUGUGUCAAAAUGGUGGUGAAUUGUGAUAAAUCUUUUAAUUCUGGCA